AUGGCGGCAGCAAAUCCUCCGCCGGGCGCGCUCUCGGUGGAGCACCGAAAUGGCUCUGACCCGUUUCUCAUGGCACCGCAAGACAACCACCGCCAACGAUACUCGGCCUUUGAUAAUUCGCAAUUUUCCCUCUAUCUCAACGGAUCGCCCAUGCAAGCAAAGCGGGCCCUGCAAGCCCAUUUGGCCGAGACGACGCGCCGAUUGCAGGAAACAUCGCAUCUCGGUAAUGCGCUCGUCCAACAGCGGAAGGAGCUCGAGGACAAACUGCAGGAGGUCGAGCAUCAACAGGAGGACAACGACAUCGGGCCCGAGUUGCGCCAGCGACUGGCUGAGCUGGAAAAGGAGUUCAACGAGGUUGGCAGGGAGACAGCUCGUGCUUUUCUCCCAAAGUCCCGCGUGCCCAGCGGCGAGACGGACGCGAUCGGCGGCGCUUCGAUCUACUCCAGUGAAUCCGUCGCCUCGCCUACCAAAGUGAGCGUCCCGUCGCGAAAGCAGAGGAACCAGCAGCCGAGCCGCAUUAAUGAUAUCGCCCUGGCAACUGAAAUCUCUACGUCUCUCCUUUCUCAACUCAAGGAGCUCCAGGCUGUCCUGCUUGAGAAAGAUGAGGCCCUCAAGGCGGCUGAUCUUGACAGAUCUCAACUGGAAAUUGAAGUUGAAGGCCUGUCUCAACGUCUCCGUACCCUAGACGAGAGCGAGUCGCGACUCAAGGAUGUCAACUGGAAUCUGGAAACUCAAGUUCGCGAGUCGGAAGCGCAAUCCAAGGCGGCGGCGGAUAAGGAACACCGCCUCAAUCAUGCGCUCAACCAAGCUCGCUCAGAAGCGUCAACACUGGAGAGGGAAGUUGAGGAGCUGAAGCAAAUGUAUUCGAAGCUCAACGACGACCAUGUCAACAAGACCAAGCAGCACGAGACAGAACUCUCCAGUCUCCGCCGUAGUGCCGCCAUGGCUGAGACUGAGAAAAUUGCAAUGCAGCGCAAAGUCGAAGAGCUCACAUCCAAGAACCAGGAGCUGGCAAAGGCUAUUUCGUACCGUGCAAGAUCUGAGGAGCGUGGCCAUGACGACAACUCAUCUGGCGAUGAUGAUGGUGCAAAUGAUGAUGAUCGAACUCCAGAGCACUCGCCUCCCGUAUCUCCAGCCAAGGCUACUCCCCGUCAUGGUCAGCUCGAGUCGGAGACCUUGAAGCACUCGCUCCAGCACGCUCACCGCAUGAUUCAACAGCUCAAGAACAACAUCCACCGUGAAAAGACCGAGAAGAUAGAGCUGAAGCGCAUGCUUCAAGAUGCCCGAGACGAGCUGGACACCACGCGCUCUCUGGUUGGACCCGGCAGUGCCACUAAGCGAAGGAAGAGCGAUAAGGAAAUGUUCAAGAAGCCCGCUCGCCCCGACCGUCUUGGAGCAUACCGCACUGGCACACAGGAGAUUGUAGAAGAUGUCGAGGACGACGAGUGGGAGGAGCAAGAGAGUGUGCUCGAAACUCCAAGUCGGCCUCCGCAACAAUCAGGCUCCGCACCAGUAUUGGUUCCGGUUGGAUCUAGGACUGUUGCAUACAAUGGGUUUGAGACUGCCAACGAGACAUCAGAUGCUGCUUUCGAGACCGCCAACGAACGCGACGGCAUGACAACAGAGUCAGAUGCAUUCCAGACCGGGGCCGAGACGCUGGACGAAGACAGCAGUGACCAGCUGACCGAGACCGAAAGCCCUACCAAGGCUGCUACACUUCGUAGUCGACCAUCGAUUGCGAGUGUGAAUCGCAUGAACUCCUUCCGGAGUACAGCAUCUGCUUCUGGUGACGAGGAUGAGAUCAACUUCAGGACACCCAUUCUCCAUAAGAAUUCUCGUUUGAGGUUGAGGCCGAGGGACAGCAGCACCCGCAGAUCAACACCAAGGGGCGUUCCAGACAUGUUUGUCGGCACACCGCCAGGGUCGAGAGAUUCUCCUGCUAGCUACAUCAGCAGCAGCAACGAGAAUACUCCUGCUCAAGGCAAGAGCCUCUUUGCGGAAUUGAAUGACCUCAGUGGGGACGACGACGACGGCAGCUCUGUCGAAGGUACACCCAGCCGAUCCAGUGUGGUGUAUGCAGGUCACUCUUCGCCAGAUAUGCCGAGAAAGCCCAUGCUCCAGAAAUCAGCCAUGCACUCUGACAUUUCAAGACCGAUGAUGGUAGACUCAGGCAUGAUGACUGAACCAGAUGUUCCGCAGCCCGUUACACUGUCUUCAAUUUCUAGCCAGACUACGGAACCUCAGCCUACACACCUACCGACAUUGCAAAUGUCCUCCUUACAUUCACAGGGCACCAGUCCACGAGCUCCACCUCGUCCCGAUCUCCGUGUCUCUUCCAUUUCUUCUCAAGGUACUGACCCCAAGCGUGCGGUCCCGCCUACUCUUAAUUUUUCAAUUGUUUCCGGUCAUACCACGAGUCCACGCGCUCUCAAGGUACCUCAGCUGGCUGUGUCUUCCUUGUGCGCCCAAGGAACCGAGCCACGAGCUCCUAUCGCACCGUUACACGCGUUUUCUUCAUUGCACGCACAAGACACAGCACCGCGAGCGGUACCUGUUACCCCCUUAAUUAUGUCAUCGGUGUCUACCCAUGCCACCGAGCCUCGACAUGUUACUCCCCCAUCCCUUGGCCUGUCAGGUUUCUCCGCACAAGGCACUGAGCCUGUUGUGCCAGUGGUGGAAAAGACAAUCGCUCCUUUACUAGGAAUGUCGUCUGUCUCUCACCAGACUACAGAACCGAAAGAGCCUUCUUCGACGGUUCCCAAGGAACACAGUGAGGCCGAGUCAAGCGUAUUUGAGUCCAAGUCAGUCUCUGAUGAGGCCUCGCAUACACCUGUGCAAAGCUCUCACGAAAAGGAGCAGCAUGUACCUCUUCGGGUGUCCAGUCUGUCUGCUCAAGCGACUGAACCCAGAGAUGUGCUGCAGAAGCAGGCGCCGUUGAUGCAAAUGUCAAUUCUGUCAUCUCAUGCGACCGAGCCAAGAGAAGUACCGCAGAAGCAAGCUGUGUUGCUGCAGAUGUCAAAUGUAUCAUCUCAUGCGACCGAGCCAAGAGAAGUACCGCAGAAGCAAGCUGUGUUGCUGCAGAUGUCAAAUGUAUCAUCUAAUACGACCGAGCCUAGAGAUAUCCCCCGGCCAGCCCUGUCGGUGUCCUCAACAGCAUCAACACAGGCAACGGAACCGCUCGCGCCAAGCCGAGAGAAACAACAGUUUUCUCUGGUUUCGUCACAUGCUACGGAACCUUUGAUGCCACAGCUGCCAGUUCUGCAGAUGUCCGGCUUCUCUUCUUGGUCUACCGACCCUGUCGAGGUGCCUAAAGCAGCCCCAAGACAAUUAUCCCCAGUGUUCUUCCAGGGAUCCAGCCCUGUAGAGCCCUCAAGACCUGCACCUCCCUCAUUCUCUGUGUUUUCAUCACAGACAACUGAGCCGAUUGCACCAAAAGCAUCGGCUCUCGCGAGCUUUUCAAGUGUAACCGCCCAAGGCACUGAGCCUGUGCAGCCGAUACAGCAGACGCCGCAAGUAUCGGCCAUCAGCGCUUUGCAGACGGAGCCCGUGGAUGCUUCAGGCUCUGUCCACCAGUUCUCUGAUGUGCGGACUGUUCAUGAUAACCAACCUGAGUCUCCAACGCUACCAGCGUUCCUUCCGUCUCCAGCACCUCGUCCGUCCACGGCAAACCGUGUUGAGAUUCCUGCCAUGUCAUUAUCUUCUCUCGCUACUCAAGGCACUGAGCCAUUAUCGCCGUCAAGACCUGUAACUGCCCAACGAGCGGUUGUAACGUCCUCGACAACUACUGCUUCUCAGACGGAAGCAACGGAGAAUCAGGAUUCGACUAUGCCUAAGCUCAGCUAUUUGAAUACUGUACAGCCUUCGAACAGGGGUACCUCUUCCGAGACAUAUACUUCCCCCACUGAAAGCAGAGAUGCUCGCGUCCCUCUAGGGGCUUUGAGUACCAAUGCCGUACUUAAGAGACCCCGGGCACCAAUGGCCGACGGUGGCACCCAGACCAUGGUGUCUGCUGAGCAAAUCGACAAACUGCUGCUUGCCCGUAGCCAGCGAUGGAGUAGUCUCAUCAACACAGCUGCAGUUGAGAGGGCUCUGUCAACCCCCGAGUCACCCACUCGGAGAGAGGCAAAUGAGUCAAAUCGGAACCUGAGACGUCCUGGUAGCUCUGGAAGUAUGCGUUCUCGCACUGCAACGCCGCCUCCGCUGCCUUCAGACCACAGGGAAGCUAUUGCUGCAGCAUCUCUUAGGCCCAUGUCUCCGGGGAGUCUAGGAACAAUGGGACCACCCUCAAAGCCGGCGUCGGCCUAUAAGAAACGACCGCACACGCCUACUAUCAAGACAAGCAGCAACACCCUCACCCCCACACCCAAGACUGGCGGAACCACGCCCCGGGUGCGUCGACAGUCACAUCGAAGUGGAGCAUCUUCACCACUCAGCCACCGAUCAUCAUUGUCUUCAUUCACCUCUGAGCUGGAUCAACGCUUCAAUAUACCGGGCGGCCCAUCGUUUGCCGCAAAUGAAAUACCUACCGGUGCCACAGAUAAGCGCAUGAUCCAGGCGAUUACUCAAACCAUGAUCGGCGAGUACCUGUGGAAGUACACCCGCAAGACUGGGCGUGAAGGCAUGUCUGAGAAUCGCCACCGACGUUUCUUUUGGAUUCAUCCUUAUACAAGGACGUUGUACUGGAGCGACCGUGACCCUCAAAGCGCCGAUAAGUCGACACUGAAAGCCAAGAGUGUAGCUAUCGAGUCUGUUUUCGAGGUUGACGAUCCCAACCCUCUCCCUCCUGGGCUUCAUCAGAAGAGUUUGCUUGUCAUCACGCCUGGCAGGUCGAUGAAGUUUACCGCAACCACGGGUCAAAGACACGAGACAUGGUACAAUGCUCUGAACUACCUAUGCCAACGAGUCGAAGACAGUGGAGAACAGCCAGAGAAAACGGUGCCACCGGUGCCACAGCUGGAACAGGAGAGGGAAUCAAAGAAACAGCCCUCUGGAGAAAUUGAUACCGAGUUCAACGCCGGAUACGGAAGCAUGUCGCGACAGACGGGGCGUUCUAGAGCAUCAUAUGCCAUUCGACACGAAGCUUCUCGCGAACACACUCAGGUACCCACGAUCCGGCAGUCAACUGUGAAACAGCAUCGUGCAUCGUCAAUCGAGCCGCCGGCCCACGGUUCUAUCGGCAGGUUCAGCAUGCUCCGUCCUAGCGUGUCUGCUAUGCGCGGAUCAUUUGCUAGCCGUCGCAAUAGUAGGACUGAAUCAGCGACGUACGAGGAGCCCAGUCCUUCGGCUCUCGAGCUAAGCCGUGACAUCUACGAGCACGUGCAAGAACGCGAUGAAGACUACAUCAUGCCUAAUGUCCGAGCGUGCUGCGAUGGAAAACAUGAUGUUGCACAUCUCCACCAACAUACGAUCAAAGCUCGACACUCCAGCGCCUCUGUUUCCAAGCCGUCACUGUUCUCCAUGAGCUCACGCGCACAAUCACGAACGGAAUCCCGCACAGAAUCUCGUACAGAAUCUCGUACAGAGUCCCGCACAGAAGGACGUCACGAGAUGGAGACGGCAAACUAUGGAGCUGGUGCCUAA